CACAGUUUGUUUUCCUUAUCUUGGAAAUUUUUGAAGUUUUAUAACAGCUUUCAUCAUAAUGAUUUGAGGCAUUUUAUUUGCAUUUUGACUGAAAUGUCUCAUUGCAUUUCAAAAGGUUUCAAGCAAUCAAAUCCCUUAAUGCCUGGCAUACAAAAAUCUGAGGGGGUAUAAUCAUGGAAUUGGCAUUUUCUGUUUAGAAUUAGAUACAACCUGUUUAAAAUGUUGCUUUCUGUUGAAAAGACAAUUAGAUGUAACAAUUAAAAACUUUUUCCCAAAAGGCAGAGUGAGAUGGCACAACUAAUCUCACAGGUAUUUGUCUUCCUACAUGCAAAUCUUGACUUUUACUGACAUCCAGAAGAGACUUGUAUCCUGUCAGAGACUCUUGGAACAUUGUUUUGUAGUAAUUGCAUCGUUUGCCAGUUGAGGUGACUGUCAGUCACACUGAACAGAACAAUGCAUUGCCUUUCAUUGCAGCCCCAGGUGUGUGCCCCUACUAUUGACUUUGUGUACAGUCAUUUUUAGUUUUGGAAAUUGCUUUUUUGUCCUUUUAUUUUUCUGGUAGGCAACAGAUGAAAACUCUAGAAGCAAAUUUUAUAACAGUUUAUCAUGACAUUUGUACGACAAAUCUUUCUUCCAAAAAGGCAAAAAAUUACAAAGGUUUCCCUGAAAAAAAACCUCAAAAAAUACAGACAGAAAUGUGCUGAAACCUCUGAUGGACCUAAGCUUACAGUGGGUCAUUCCCAUUUACAGCCUGGAACAGGAAGAAUGAAAGUCUAUAGCUUUAGUUGUGUCUCAGGGGUAAAAUUCCAUGUGUAACCCACCCCAUUUCUGACCACCCUACUCCUGACUGGACCAUAUUUACUUUUGGCACCAUGGAGCAAAUCACUGAAGAAAGAUAAACAGAGGAAAGCCCUUAAAUCUCUCGCUGCAGCCAGGCUUCUCAGUAAAGAGCCAGAGAACAGCACUUGGAAUCCUUCAGAUUUUCCCAGGAGAGGCUCUGUGGCUUCAGGUGGCACAAGAGGGUCUGUGUGACCUCCUUGCAGGCACAACAACUUCCAGCCAAGACCUGAUUUUGCAGGGAAUGAGAGGUUUGAGCAAUCGUGUGUGCAGUGAAAUGCUGCUCAGCAGCAAGCAAACUGAAAGGAAUUAGCUUCAACAUUUUUGCUCUUUUUGUUACCUGGGUGGAAGAAACAAUCAGGAUGGCUUCUACAAGUAAAAGACAUUAUGCAGUGAGAAUUCAAAAUACAUUUUGCCCUGAGGGUGGAGUCUGCAAGCACGGAUUCCUCAUCAAAUCACCACCUCUUCAACUUUUCAGCUCACAGAAUUCCUGGAAGAGGCGUCUGUUUGUCCUGUCCAAGUCCAGCACAGGGAAUUACAUCCUGAAGUAUCUAAAAGGCCAACAUGUGAAAGGCUCCAUAGCUGUUGACCAGAUCAUAAGUAUUCAAGUUGGCAUAAGCAAUGCUGAAAUUAUGGAAACGGUGAGGAAGAUGUUUAAAUGCCUUCCUGAGCAGGUGAUGUCCAUCAGCACUGGAAGCAGACGUUACUACCUCGUUGGGGACAGCAGGCAGGAAAUAGAUGACUGGGUCACUCUGAUAUCUUCAGUCUGCAGGGAGGACAAAAGAAGUGGAUGCUGCCCUCAGAAUAAAGAUCUUCCAAAUCCAGAGGUCAGAAGCCGGACUUCCUCUUUGCCACUGUUCUUGAGUUCUGUAGAUAUGGCCAGCUUUUCAGAUAGGCAAGGCUACCAGAAGGAGAAUGGUUCCUCAGAAGACAAGAACAGGCCUUAUUCAGAUCCUGGCCCCCAUCAGGCUCAGUGUGACUCACCAAGAGGAGUUUUUCCAAGCCUGCAGGAUAAAAUUCUGGGAAGAAGUGAGGAGAACCUGCUGUUGUCAGAUCCAGAGGAAAACAUGAAAAAGGAUGAGGAAGAUUAUUACCAAACUCCCAGCAAUGUUUUAGCUAAGUGCACUACUGAAGUAUCAAAGCCUGACCCUUCAGCUGAGUCUGACAUCCCUGUGCAAGAGAAGCCAUUGCAGAACAGCCCAGUAAAGGAGAACAUUUAUAUGUCAAUGAAAUCACUUAAGCUGCUGGAUGAGACAUGCCAGCUCACGUGCAGACGUGAUGGGCUCCCAUCCCCUCCCAAAUGCCAGAACAACAGUGCAUGUCCAAGAGACUUGGAAGCAGACAAAGGCACAGAAUUCCCAGAAAGCAGCACCAGCCUGCAGCCAGCCCUCCAGAGAAGGCAAAACUCAUUACCCCUCUCAGUGGUUCACUUGUCUAUACUGCUCAGUCAAGUUACAGAUGACAUGCAGCUGCAGAAACUGGAUAUUUUCGUACCCCUGGCUGAUAUUAACAAUUACCUAAAACUUACUGAAGCAGCAGGACGAAUUUGUGUUUCACAGUGGGCUGGUCCUCUCAGGCUGGGGUGUUUGUUUAACCACGGAGACCACGUGGUGGCAGUGAAUGAUCUGCAGCCCCAGGGUGUGGAGGAGGCUUACUUCUUCAUCAGCAGGUCCACGAGAAAGGAGGUGAAACUUACUGUAUGUAGGAUUCCACAUUCAGAUAUCUUCCAUGCUAAAGGCUGCUCGUGUUCCUGAAAAAUAAAAAGACCUCAAUGAUUAGUGGUGUUCAAAGGCCUGUUUGUGCUGAAUUCUGCAUAAAUACAGAGGGAACUCCCAGUUCUGAAACUACAGAGGCUGAAAAUGGAAGAAAACACAUUCCUUGGGAGCUCUGCUCCAAAGCUGCUAUGGGAGUCCUUUGCUCUGCACUGCUGCUUUGAGCACAGCAGAUCCAUUUCUGCCUAAGGAGCCCCUGAGGGAUGGGAUGGCUGGCUGUCACUAUCCAGGGCUUCUUCCAGCCCUGAAACUCUGUCAGUCUGCUAGGACAGUCCUCAUGGCCUGAAUCCUAAAAUCACAGACCACCUACUUCAGGAACCUCUGCUGAGGAUGGCAUCCUCAGCCUUUCCUGGCCAAAGUUUGCCUCAGGUCUUCUGAACUUUGGAAAAGGAAAGUCCAGACUUUUCUCUGUUGUUCCAAGACUCAUCUCUCUGUAAAAUCAGGAAAUUAUUUUCUAAUAUUUAUCCCAGAUUAUUUUUUCAGAAAAUUGACAUGAUUUUUUCUUGCCCUAUUUUCAGUGGGCAUAGGGAAUGUUUGGAUUGCCACUGUCUGCACAGAAAUCUUCAUUAUGGAAGAUAUUUUUUCUACCUAUUCUUCCUUCUCUUUUUCUUAGACCAAACAUCCUGCAUGCUUCCAUAAUUUUUCAAACAGCUCCUGAAAAUGGUAAUGUGAGACAAAUACCUUGUGUUUCCAGUUAUGGAUGAAUGGAGGAGGUGAGAAACUUAAAUUCAAAGAAUUCAAUUCAAAUUGAAUUCAAAGAAUUCAAAUUCUUUUUGAAUUUCAUCAAAAAGAAAGCCAAAGCCAUGAAGCAAUUUCCUAGAAGUUCAUAGAGAAACAUUUCUCCAAAGAGGUGAAUUAGUGAGGAAGAUUCCCCCAUGCUGGUGGGAGAAGAGCUACCUCCAGGGAACCUGCUGCAGAAGCAGAUGUUGAACACUGCAUGCUGCACCUCUCAGCCAUGGAAGAAUGUUACUUUUGGACAAAACCAGGAUUUGGUUAGAUAUAGCAUGUACAGAAUAAAUCCAGAAUACUUUAAAGCCCUGGGGGAUUACAUCUGUGCUUCAGUAAACAGUUAGAGAUGUGUUACUCCAUAAUUGAUCAUUAUGUCAGUUUGCACAACGCUAAAUGCAGAUAAUUAAUGUCACAUACUGGCUGAUUCAUAGCACUUACAGAGAUACAAUAUGGCAAUUACAUUGGUACAGUAAAUUCUGGUAGCGUGUGUGAAGUUGUCUGCCCACAUAUGAUUAAUAAAUGUCCUAACACUUUACAACA